AGUACGACAGAGACACAUACAGGCACACGCACUCCGAACACCCUCAAGGUCGGUAUGAUCGGCCGUAUCCACUAGCAGGUCCGUGCAGCCAUGUAGCCGCACCACUCCGUUUCAACACUGUACAUUAAGUGCCAUUCAGUGCGAUGCAUGCAGGAGGAAAAAGUCAGACAGGCGAUGUGUGGACGAGAAAACCCUCCAAUAAGCCGGUCAGCCGGUCUGUCUGUCUGUCUGUCUGUAUGUCUGUCGGCGACGAGCCUCAGCUCUGCGUAGAUGCGCCAAUCACACGCACCUCAGUCAUCACGCCGCCACGUUUGUUGUAGAAGGGCAAUUUGGCGAGGGACCGCCACUCUCUGACAAACAGAAUGGCCAUCACCAGGACGCAGAGGGUAGGCAUCGAGAGCGCAGCCGUGAGCCAAAGGGCCAGGCUGUCAGUCGUGUAGAGCAGCGCGAGCUUCACCGACGUGUUGAAGAUGGUGUGUACCACCACUGGCAGCCACAGGAAUGAGGCAUAAUCGGUGAGGGACGGACUCUUGGGUACGCGGUCGGGGCUGGAGAAGACGAACUUGGCGAGUCGGCAUGAGGCGUAUCCUGUGGCUGCGAUGUGGCCUGGGACGCACAUGACUGCACGGUGAAGGCACAGGAGGAGGGCGGCCUGCAACCCCUUGGGCUUGAAGACAAUGUACUGGAUGUUCUCGAUGGAGGCAAAACUGAGGAACACUCGGCUAAAAUGGAUGCAGACGGGUGCGGUCGUGUGCUUUCUGGCGUGUUCUCACCCAGCCGCCGCAGACACGCCGACCAGUGCGAGCGAAUACGGAGCAUCCACCACUCUCGGAGCAUCCACUACUGUCCACCACGACGCACACACACGGGGCACCGCAACCUCGUCAAGCCGCACACGAUACCUGGCGAUGGCGAGCUUGCACUGAAACACACGCAGCACAGACACAUCGACUACAGGUAUGGUGCACGUAUGCGUCCCUGUGCGCCUGUUCAGAGAGGGACUCUCUCUCACCACUUCCUCAGUGAGACCGACCAACAGCAUGGACAGAAGACACCCCACCACAUGGCUGCUGCUGUCCGAAUCGUCACCCCUUGAAGCCGUGGAGCAUGGAUUCGCAAAGACGUCGAAUGUUGUUGUUCAAGCACUCCGCCACCAGUCCGAUCUCCACGAAACCGGCAAAGAAUAUCUCCAGCAGGAGGGCAAGGGACAUCUCGUGAGUGUGGCCCAUGUAGAAGAAGGAGAGGAUGCCGGCCGCCGGGAUGAUGCUCAGGGGGAAGAGGAGCACGGCCCUCCAGCCCUUGAAGACCAUUAAGUACACCAGAAACGCGACAAACACCAGCGCGGCGGACCUGGCGGACCUAUCGCCGAGCAGCUGGCGAGAGUGGUCUGCAGCACACGGGUGAGAUGGGAACAAACCAAUCACGGGUGUAUGGAUUGCAUUCAGUGGUCCUUUGGCUCCGCUGACUUCGGCUUUGUGUGGUGGAGGGCGACGUGAGUGCGGCAUCUUCCUCUUCUUCCUCAGGCACUGAGGGCGAGAUGAAGGGUGUGACCUCACUCUCACACGCGGCCGCUCCAUGAUGCGCGGUUCGAUG